AUGUCAUACCUCGUCGAACAUAUCACCAAACAAGAUAUCCCAGGGGUCAUAAACGUCCUGUUCACAGUUAUGGCACCAACCGGCUUCGGACGCACCACAGGAGAGGUUCCAAAUUACAGUGUCACCUUGGAUGAGUUCCUCUCCUCGCCGUAUGGUACCAACAUGGCUUAUCGAAUAGUCCAUGAAUUAGAUACAGAUCCGACACUACAUUACCUGAAGGUAAUGGAUAGCCACUCGGGAGAUAUCAUAUCUAUUGGCAAAUGGCAUAUCUAUCAUGGAGAAGAAGGGCUCCGAGCAUGGCGUGCCUCUGUGAGAACGGACGAAAAGAUGCAUAUCCCGUUUGGCUUGAACGCGAAGGGGUAUCGUAUGGUGAUGGGGAAAUUGUUUGACAAGCGGAAGCACUUCUUUGGCGAAAAUGGGAGGGACCAUUGCUUGUUUGAGCUCCUCGUGACACAUCCUCGGUUCGAACGUCGGGGAGCAGGAUCACUCAUCACUCAAUGGGGAUGUGAUGUGGGAGACAGACUGGGCCUGGACUGUUACCUUGAGUCGUCGGAUCAGGGGUAUCGCCUGUAUAAGAGGAAGGGAUUCAGAGAAAUUUCGGCGGAUCCGGAGGAGAAUGUUAUUGAGUUUACUGUCGAUGAAUUUACGGGGCGACAGGGAUGUGCUGAAGACAAGUUGCAUUUUACGUGCAUGAUUAGGAAGCCUGGAAAGCAGAACGGGUGA